ACCUGCUCGUACACAUCAUCUUGAGCCGGAGAAAGACGGGGAACCGCUUUAAAACAACAAACAUUUGGACCAGUGAUCGAUCCAAGACAAGGGAUUUGGAUUUUAAAAUGUCAGCGCUGAGAAGCAAGAGAAAAGAAUAUCUAAGUGUGAAGGAUUUGCAGAAGCUUUUGGACUCUUGCAAGCUGCACCUCAAUCAAAUUGACGAAGUGUGGCCGAACAUAUACAUAGGAAAUGUGGCAGUAGCCCAAAACAAGGCUGCCUUGCUGAAAUUAGGUAUAACUCAUGUAUUAAACGCUGCUCACUCCAAGCGAGGCAGCAUAGGGAACCAAAGCUUUUAUGGCAACGACUUUGUGUAUUGUGGCAUUCCAGCAGAUGACUCGACACACUUUGAUCUGGAUGUUUACUUUCAGCCUGCAGCCGAUUUCAUUCACAAAGCUCUGAAGUCACCUGAUGGGAAAGUUCUGGUGCACUGCAUCAUGGGAAUGAGCCGGUCAUCGACCUUGGUUUUGGCAUACCUCAUGAUCUACCAUCAUCUCCCACUCAAACAGGCUCUGCAGAAGCUGAUCCAGAAAAGAGCCAUCUACCCCAACAGAAAUUUCCUGGCUUUGCUGUUGGAUCUGGAUCUUCAACUGACAAAGAAAAAGAAAACAUGUCGGAUCCUGUAGUGAAAAGAGGCAUUUACAUCUUCAGCCACAAAGCCACGAGGUGGUUUCUGGGAAUAACGAUGCCAGCCAGUCUGUCGGUGCAACAGUCCAGACUGAAACGUUUAGACACAUCAUCGUGAAAUUUGGUUCGACUGAGUGAAUUUCUGUCGACUCAACUCUGUACACUCAUUAGUCUUUACUUUUAUUAUGAUGAGGUUCACCAUUCUAAACAAGCUCAGAUAUAUAGAUAGAUAGAUAGAUAGAUAGAUAGAUAGAUAGAUAGAUAGAUAGAUAGAUAGAUAGAUAGAUAGAUAGAUAGAUAGAUAGAUAGAUAGAUAGAUAGAUAGAUAGCAAAGUUUCAUAUUAAAGGAGAUUUUCAAAUGUUAACAUAGGCCUAUACAGGCUCAUAAAGAUUACAUGCUACAUGAUUACAAGCUAAAGAGUAGCAAAUAAACAUGCUAAUGUUAGCAUACCGACAUCGUAUUGUAUAUGCCCGCGGUCCCCAACCCGUGAGUUGUUUGGUACCGGGCCGUGAGAGUUGAGGCUCAGGUGUGAAAUUUAUGGUUCUCAGGG